GCGCGCAGCAUCCCGGCGCUGGGCUCCCCUCUGCCGGUCCCGCCCUCCGUCGCGGCGGCGCGGUGCACACUGGGAUAGGGAGCGAUCUCCGAGCGAGGCAGCAAGAUGGACGCGGGAUUCUUCCGCGGAACAAGUGCGGAGCAGGAUAAUCGGUUCAGCAACAAACAGAAGAAACUCCUCAAGCAGCUGAAAUUUGCAGAAUGCCUAGAAAAAAAGGUGGACAUGAGCAAAGUAAAUUUGGAGGUUAUAAAGCCUUGGAUAACAAAAAGAGUGACUGAGAUCCUUGGAUUCGAAGAUGAUGUUGUGAUUGAGUUUAUAUUCAACCAGCUGGAAGUGAAGAACCCAGAUUCCAAAAUGAUGCAAAUCAACCUGACUGGAUUUUUGAAUGGGAAGAAUGCUAGAGAGUUCAUGGGAGAACUGUGGCCCCUGCUGUUAAGUGCACAAGAAAAUAUCGCCGGAAUCCCUUCUGCUUUCCUAGAGUUGAAGAAGGAAGAGAUAAAGCAGAGACAAAUUGAACAAGAAAAAUUGGCGUCUCUGAAAAAACAAGAUGAAGAUAAAGAUAAGAGGGAUAAGGAAGAAAAAGAAAGCAGCAGAGAGAAGAGGGAGCGGUCUCGCAGCCCAAGAAGACGCAAAUCCAGAUCUCCUUCCCCUAGAAGACGAUCUUCCCCUGUCAGGAGAGAGAGAAAGCGCAGUCACUCUCGAUCUCCCCGUCACAGAACCAAGAGCCGGAGCCCUUCCCCUGCCCCAGAAAAGAAGGAGAAAUCUCCAGAGCUCCCAGAACCAUCAGUGAGAAUGAAAGACUCUUCAGUACAAGAGGCCACAUCUACGAGUGACAUCUUGAAAGCUCCCAAGCCUGAGCCUGUACCAGAGCCCAAAGAACCAUCUCCAGAAAAAAAUUCCAAAAAGGAAAAGGAAAAGACUCGACCAAGAUCUCGGUCACGUUCCAAAUCACGGUCCCGGACUCGUUCUCGGUCACCUUCUCAUACGAGACCCAGACGGCGACAUAGAUCCCGAUCAAGAUCAUACUCUCCUAGAAGGCGACCAAGCCCCAGACGACGACCAUCUCCCCGAAGAAGAACUCCACCAAGACGGAUGCCUCCUCCACCACGGCACAGGAGGAGUAGGUCUCCAGGGAGACGAAGGAGGCGUUCUUCCGCAUCGCUUUCUGGAAGUAGCUCGUCGUCCUCUUCAUCUCGUUCCCGGUCACCGCCAAAGAAGCCUCCCAAGAGGACAUCCAGCCCUCCUCGGAAAACUCGUAGGUUAUCACCUUCGGCAAGUCCUCCGAGGCGAAGGCACCGGCCGUCAUCUCCAGCAACUCCGCCACCCAAAACUCGCCAUUCUCCAACUCCCCAGCAGUCAAACCGUGCAAGAAAAAGUCGUGUGUCUGUGUCUCCAGGAAGAACCUCGGGUAAAGUGACAAAACAUAAAGGCACUGAGAAAAGAGAGUCACCUUCUCCAGCACCCAAGCCUAGAAAAGUGGAGCUGUCUGAGUCUGAGGAAGACAAAGGCAGCAAAAUGGCUGCAGCUGAUUCUGUGCAGCAGAGGCGACAAUAUAGACGACAGAACCAGCAGUCUUCAUCUGACUCUGGCUCCUCUUCCACCUCAGAAGAUGAGCGGCCCAAGAGAUCCCAUGUGAAGAAUGGUGAGGUAGGCAGGCGGCGGAGACAUUCUCCUUCUCGGAGUGCCUCUCCAUCACCUCGAAAGCGCCAAAAAGAGACUUCUCCUCGGAUGCAGAUGGGAAAGCGAUGGCAGUCGCCAGUGACUAAAAGUAGUAGAAGGAGGAGAAGUCCUUCCCCACCUCCUGCCAGAAGGCGACGAUCUCCUUCUCCAGCCCCUCCUCCCCCUCCUCCCCCACCUCCUCGGCGGCGCAGAUCUCCCACCCCACCACCACGACGAAGGACCCCUUCUCCUCCCCCACGCCGCCGCUCACCGUCUCCAAGAAGAUACUCUCCUCCCAUCCAGAGGAGAUACUCUCCUUCCCCACCUCCAAAGAGGAGAACUGCCUCGCCCCCACCCCCACCCAAGCGAAGGGCAUCGCCAUCUCCUCCACCAAAGCGCCGGGUCUCCCACUCUCCACCUCCUAAACAAAGAAGCCCCCCAGUCACCAAGAGACGCUCACCCUCCCUAUCUUCAAAGCAUAGAAAAGGGUCUUCCCCAGGCCUCACUCGGGAGGCCCGGUCACCUAACCAAACAAAAGGCACCGCCCUCACCCGACCUCGAGGCGCCUCAGACCUCAAGCCCUCCCCUGUUCGAAGAGGAGCUUCAGCGUGCCCCAAGGAAGGCAGUCCCGUCUCCAGUACUAGGCCUAUUAGGAUCUCCAGGACUCGGAACCCAAAAAAGAUAAAAAAGGCUGCCUCACCAAGCCCUCAGUCCGUAAGAAGGGUUUCAUCUUCCCGCUCAGUCUCUGGAUCUCCUGAGCCAACAGCUAAAAAGCCUCCAGCACCCCCCUCUCCUGUGCAGUCUCAGUCACCCUCCACAAACUGGUCACCUGCAGCACCAGCCAAGAAGGCUAAAAGCCCAACACCAAGCCCGUCCCCUGCCAGGAAUUCUGAUCAAGAAGGAGGUGGAAAGAAAAAGAAGAAGAAGAAGGACAAGAAACACAAGAAGGAUAAGAAACACAAGAAGCACAAAAAACACAAGAAGGAGAAGGCUGUGGCCGUAGCCACCCCAGCUCCUGCUGCCCCUGCAGCUGUCUCUGCUGCCGCCACUCCAUCAGCCCAGGAAGAGCCUGCGGCAGCACCAGAGCCCAGGAAGGAGACUGAGAGUGAAGCUGAAGAUGACAACCUUGAUGACUUAGAGAGGCACCUUCGGGAGAAGGCCCUGCGAUCCAUGCGGAAGGCCCAAGUGUCCCCACAGUCCUAGGCGGACAUGUUUGUUACGUUGUAAAUUUUAUUUGGUUUGUACUCAAUUCAAUUUCAAAAUUGCUAAAAUGUGUUUGAGCUUUAGACUAUAACAUUUGUUGUAAUAAUUGCUAGGUUGAAGUUCACCAUGUUAAAAAAAGGGGGGCAUGGAUUUACAUUACAAAGGUGUCCACGGUGUAUUAGUGACAAUUCUUCCAUUGACAUUUAGAGUGAAAUAUUUUAAGCCAAAAAAAAAUCUCUUUUUUAAAAAAGGGGGUUUGAAUAUUGUUGGCAUUUUUGUGGUUCCUUUAAAUGCCCUCGCCUCUCCCAAAAGGUUGGGGUCUUUUCUUUUCUUUUUCUCCCUAUUCUCUUGAAUCUUACCCAUGUAAAUUAUGCUUCCAACCUUGUAUAGGUUUGUAAGCUUGCCCAGAAGUGAGAGCACUGUUGAAGUACCACAGAGGUUUGGGCGAGUGAGUGUUGACUCUGUUGCCCAUGGAGUCUGCUGUCCUGACAGCAUCCCAGCUCUAGAGCGCAGCAUAGCCACACUCCUGGGCUGCAGGGCUGCCCCAUGGGACAGUUCCUAAGCUGACUAGGAACUCUGGGUUUUCUCCUUCCGGUUGUGUUGUUUUGUUUCCUUCUCCCCUUUUCUUCCUCUUUUGUAAAGGCGAUUCACUAGACCCAGGAAGGACCCUUCAGUUACAUAAAUUUGUUUUAGGAAACAUGGUGGCUCCCAUUCAUGGUUUUCCUUACUCUUCCAAUUGGUACACACAACUGAGGAGCUCCUGUAUUUGGCCGGCUGGAAGGGCCUGGACAGUGUCUUGAUUUCACUUGUUUUAUUUUAUUUUUUAACUAAAGCUAUAUAAAGCUUGUGGAUUAAACAGAAUAAAUUUCUAAAUUUAAGAA